UCUCCAGAAGAUUUACGCAUUGCUGAAUCCCACGUGGGCACGCCAGCCUCCGAGGCCAGGACCGUCCUGCGGAUGGCUGAGAGUCCUCUGGGGCCCAGCGACUCUGAAAAGAUUUCGUCACCAGAAGGUUUUGGGGGCCAUUACCAAACCACUUGUUUUCGUGGCUGUCUGCAGGUGACCAUGGCCGUGUGAGCGUCCGCCAUGGCCAACCGGAAGCGUCAGAGCACGGCGAGCAGCAUGCUGGACCACAGGGCGAGGCCGGGCCCCAUGCCCCAUGGCCAGGAGCCCGAGAGCAAGGACACAGAGCUGCCCCUGGAGGAGUACGUGCCCAAGGGCCUGGAGCUGGCCACCCUGCGGCCCGAGAGCCCCACGCCCCCGGACCAGGGGUGCCACGACCACAGCCCUGAUGGGGACUCCAGCUCUGACUACGUGAACAACACCUCCGAGGAGGAGGAUUACGAUGAGGGCCUCCCCGAAGAGGAGGAGGGCAUCACCUACUACAUCCGCUAUUGCCCCGAGGACGACAGCUACCUGGAGGGCAUGGACUGCAACGGGGAGGGGUACCUGGCCCACGGCACACGCCACCUGGAGACGGACGAGUGCCAGGAGGCGGUGGAGGAGUGGACGGACUCGGCAGGCCCCCACCCACACAGCCACGGGGACGAAGGCAGCCCGGACUACCGGGACGGCCACCUCCCCAUCCCGGAGGAUGAGGCCUCCGUCCUGGAGGCCCAGGACCAGGAAGAAGGUGUCCACUACUGCCCCAGUGAAGAGGGCUACCAGGACUACUACCCCACGGAGGCCAACGGGAACACAGGCAACGCCUCCCCCUAUCGCCCGAGGCGUGGGGACGGGGACCUGGAGGACCAGGAGGAGGACAUCGACCAGAUCGUGGCCGAGAUCAAGAUGAGCCUGAGCAUGACCAGCAUCACGAGCGCUGGUGAGACCAGCCCUGAACAUGCCCUGGUGCGGGGGCCCGAGCCGGGGCCCGGGGACUCCACGGAGGCCUGCCCGCCCGGUGAGGCCAGCCACGGCCCCAGCAGACACGAGGGAAGGCCCAAGUCACUGAACCUCCCUCCUGAGGCCAAGCACUCCGGAGAGCCCCAGAGAGGCUUCAAGACCAAGUCCAGGACUCCAGAGGAGAGGCCGAAGUGGCCCCCAGAGCAGGUGUGCAAUGGCUUGGAGCAGCCGAGGAAGCAGCAACGCUCUGAUCUCAAUGGACCCGUGGACAAUAACAACACCCCAGAGACGAAGAAGGUGGCAUCAUUUCCAAGUUUUGUGGCUGUUCCAGGGCCCUGUGAACCAGAAGACCUCAUUGAUGGGAUCAUCUUUGCUGCCAACUACCUGGGGUCCACCCAGCUGCUCUCAGAACGUAACCCUUCCAAAAACAUCAGAAUGAUGCAGGCGCAGGAGGCUGUCAGCCGGGUCAAGAGGAUGCAAAAGGCUGCUAAGAUCAAGAAAAAAGCGAAUUCGGAGGGGGAUGCCCAGACUCUGACCGAAGUGGAUCUCUUCAUCUCCACCCAGAGGAUCAAGGUGUUAAAUGCGGACACACAGGAGACCAUGAUGGACCACGCCUUGCGCACCAUCUCCUACAUCGCGGACAUUGGGAACAUCGUGGUGCUGAUGGCCAGGCGGCGCAUGCCCCGGUCGGCCUCUCAGGACUGCAUCGAGACCACCCCUGGGGCCCAAGAGGGGAAGAAGCAGUACAAGAUGAUCUGCCACGUGUUUGAGUCUGAGGACGUAAGUAACUGUGCAGGCCUGCCGCGCCCCUCCCAACGGCCCCGACUUCACCAGGGCUCCGGCGGCAUCCCAGGCUCUUUGGAAACCAUGUCUCAGAUCUGCAGCCUCAUGCGAGGGGGCAUCGCAGAGCGAGGAGGCGUCCGAGUCGGCCACCGCAUCAUUGAGAUCAACGGGCAGAGUGUGGUGGCCACGGCCCAUGAGAAGAUAGUCCAGGCUCUUUCUAACUCGGUCGGAGAGAUCCACAUGAAGACCAUGCCUGCUGCCAUGUUCAGGCUCCUCACGGGCCAGGAGACCCCGCUGUACAUCUAGGCCCACCCAGCCUGCACCGCCCAGCCUGCCUGGGUUCAGAGGAGCCCGAAAGGCUGGACCCAGGAUCUGACCCCUGACCCCACAGCCCGCCCAAGGACACUGGCUCCUCCGAAGGGUGUGCCCUCACCACCCACUUUUUUUUUUUUUGGACAAAAAGGGGGGAUGUUUUCAUCAAAGGAGAGUCACAGGAAGCAUCUCUGUAGAACAGUCACGUGUUUUGCCCAUUUUGACCCGUCUUCUCGUUGCGACGGACAAGGCUGUUUCUCUGUAGCUGUGUGGUGUGGAGUGUGUCUUUCCUCCCUGAAGCCGUGGAGAGCGGACGUGAAGGGAGCCCCGCCAGGACAGCAAGCUCCUUCCCGGGACGCGGGGCCCUCGGGGUGCUUCGGGGGAGGGCGAUCGCGCUGCUGCAGCUGCCCGGAUCCCGGGGUGUGACUUGUAAGUGAAGUCCGGGAACAUGUGAUUGUACUGAACCAGAAGGGAGACGGUCCUGAGUUAAAUAAAAGAUGAUGGCCACAACAUGGAAACUCCAUAUUUAUUUAGACACUAUCACGGUUUUGACUUUUACUUUGACAAGCCAUUCUUUAGACUUUAGGAUUUCCGGGUGACCGCGCACCUACCGCUCCUGUCCUCACCCGAGACUCGGAGGUUCCGCGGACUUGCGUGGGCACGCCCCCUGCUGGCCGUCUCUCCCCGCCCCUUGGGGGCGGGGCCCGCUGGCUCCUCCUCCCAGGGACACGGGGCGCAGCAGCGGCCGUCUGUUUCCAGCCUCUAUACACACACACACACACACGCACACACACACACACGAGCUCCCCCACCCCCCAAACGCCGAACCCACCCUGGCAGACUCUGCCACUCCCGGGGCCGCUGGUGGCGAGAGCAGGUCACUGGACGAGCCGGGCGUCGCCGCGAGCAGUAUUCGAGCGUGUGUAGAUAAAGUGAAACGUAGUCUCUUUCGGUUCAUUAGAGGUCAUUGUUAACUGACGUCCUUUUGUCUGGAAGUCUCUUUUUUUGGCCCCGGCCUUGAAGAAUACACUGUGACUUAAGAAGCCUUACCAUGCAGUAACUAAAGCUUUAGGAUUACUGUAUUCAAGGAGUGACCUGUGUGUUGCAUGCAGCCGACCUUAGGAAGACUCGCUAAUAGCACUAAUAAAGCUGAAGUCCUGACGAAAA